UUGCCUACGCCUCCGCGGCCCCAACCAAUCCAACUACCCCUCCUCUCCCCAUCUCACAACCGCAACCCAGGCACCAUGUUCGUGAGAAAGCGCGACGGGCGCCAGGAGCGCGUCCAGUUCGACAAGAUCACCGCCAGAGUGUCCAGGCUAUGCUAUGGCCUCGACAUGGAGCACGUCGACCCCGUUGCAAUCACUCAGAAGGUCAUCUCCGGUGUCUACGGCGGUGUCACCACUGUUCAGCUUGACGACUUGGCCGCUGAGACUGCCGCUUACAUGACCGUCACCCACCCCGACUACGCUAUCCUCGCUGCCCGCAUCGCAGUGUCCAACCUCCACAAGCAGACCAAGAAGCAGUGGUCUUCAGUCGUCAGCGACCUCUACCACUACGUCAACCCCAAGAACGGCAAGCUGUCUCCCAUGAUUGCCAAGGAAACAUACGACUGCGUCAUGAGGCACAAGGAGGAGCUUGACUCUGCCAUUGUCUACGACCGCGACUUCAACUACCAAUACUUCGGCUUCAAGACCUUGGAGAGAUCAUACCUGCUCAAGCUUGAUGGCAAGAUUGCCGAGAGACCGCAACACAUGAUCAUGCGUGUCGCUGUUGGCAUCUGGGGCGACAACGUUGAGCGCGUCAUCGAGACCUACAACUUGAUGUCAAGCAAGUCUUUCACCCACGCCUCUCCCACUCUUUUCAACGCCGGUACCCCUCAGGCUCAGCUUUCCUCUUGCUUCCUCGUCGACAUGAAGGAGGACUCUAUCGAGGGUAUCUACGACACCCUCAAGACUUGCGCCAUGAUCUCCAAGAUGGCUGGUGGUAUUGGUCUCAACGUCCACCGCAUCCGUGCCACGGGCUCCUACAUUGCUGGCACCAACGGCACUUCCAACGGUGUCGUCCCCAUGCUCCGUGUCUUCAACAACACUGCUCGCUAUGUCGACCAGGGAGGCAACAAGCGCCCCGGUGCUUUCGCCAUCUACCUCGAGCCCUGGCACGCUGACGUCUUUGAGUUCUUGGACCUCCGCAAGAACCACGGCAAGGAGGAAGUCCGUGCCCGUGAUCUCUUCCUCGCUCUCUGGAUCCCCGAUCUCUUCAUGAAGAGAGUCGAGAAGAACGGCGACUGGACUCUCAUGUGCCCCAACGAGUGCCCCGGUCUUGCUGACUGCUACGGCGAGGAGUUCGAGGCCCUGUACGAGAAGUACGAGCGUGAGGGCAAGGGUCGCAAGACUAUGAAGGCCCAGAAGCUCUGGUAUGCCAUUCUCGAGGCCCAGACCGAGACCGGCAACCCCUUCAUGCUCUACAAGGACCACGCCAACCGCAAGAGCAACCAGAAGAACCUCGGUACCAUUCGCAGCUCCAACCUGUGCACUGAGAUCAUUGAGUACUCUGCACCCGAUGAAGUCGCUGUCUGCAACUUGGCCUCCCUUGCCCUGCCCGCCUUCGUCAACUACAGCGAGGGUGUCUACGACUUCCAAAGGCUGCACGAGGUAACUCAGGUCGUUGUCCGCAACCUGAACAGAAUCAUCGAUGUCAACCACUACCCUGUUAAGGAGGCUGAAAACAGCAACCUGCGUCACCGUCCCAUUGGUCUCGGUGUUCAGGGUCUCGCCGAUGCUUUCUUGGCUCUGCGCAUGCCUUUCGAGUCCCCUGAGGCUCGUGACCUCAACAAGAAGAUCUUCGAGACCAUCUACCACGCCGCUCUCACCAUGUCGUGCCAGCUGGCCAGGGAGGAGGGUCCCUACUCUACCUACGAGGGUUCUCCUGUUUCUCAGGGUGUUCUUCAGUACGACAUGUGGAACGUCAAGCCCACCGACAUGUGGGAUUGGGACGCCCUUAAGGAGCAGAUCAAGCAGCACGGUGUUCGCAACAGUCUGCUCGUCGCUCCCAUGCCUACUGCCAGUACCUCGCAGAUUCUGGGUAACAAUGAGUGCUUCGAGCCUUACACCUCCAACAUCUACCAGCGCCGUGUCCUUGCUGGUGAAUUCCAGGUUGUCAACCCGUGGCUUCUCAAGGACCUCGUCGAGAUGGGCCUGUGGUCCGAUGCCAUGAAGAACCGUAUCAUCGCCGAGAACGGUUCCAUCCAGAACAUCCCCAACAUCCCCGCCGAGGUCAAGGCUCUGUACAAGACCGUCUGGGAAAUUUCCCAGCGCACCGUUGUGCAGAUGGCCGCCGACCGUGGUGCCUUCAUCGAUCAGUCCCAGUCGCUCAACAUUCACAUGAAGGACCCGACCAUGGGCAAGAUCACCAGCAUGCACUUCGCUGGCUGGAAGCUUGGUCUCAAGACGGGCAUGUACUACCUCCGUACGCAGGCUGCUGCUGCGCCCAUUCAGUUCACCGUCGAUCAGGAGGCACUCAAGGUUGCCGAUGCCAACAUCAGCAGCCGGGUCCUCAGCAAGAAGCGUGCCCCUCCUCCGGGCCACUUCUCUUCCCCUGUCACGUCUGUUCCUAGGCCCAUGUACGCGACCAAGAGGGAAGGCGCCACCCAAGACAACGGCAUUCCCACUCCCAGCGUCACCCCUCCUCCCAUUUCGGCUCCCGUGGAGAAGCCCAUGAAGGCUGAUGUGCAAGAGGGCGACAGCCCCCGUGCCCUGCCCAUGGAGCCGGCAGACAAGCUCAAGAUCGAGGAGCUGCAGACCCCCGGCAGCAAGACUCCCGAUGCGGAGGACAAGGCUGAGGAGAGCAAGGAGCGUGAGAUGGACAUCUACUCUGAGGCUGUCCUUGCUUGCAGCAUUGAGAACCCCGAGUCUUGCGUCAUGUGCAGCGGUUAG